CUGACCGAUUUCGGAGGGCGGGGUCGCGACGCUUCUGAGGGGACGAGGCUCCGGGACCCGCGACUGACUGGUAGCCGAUCCGUCCGUCGACCCUGCCUGCGUUCGCGGUGGGGGAACCUCCGGGCUUCGGUCAUGGCGGUGCGAGCGUCUUUCGAGAACAACUGUGAGAUCGGUUGCUUUGCCAAACUCACCAACACCUACUGCCUGGUGGCCAUCGGAGGGUCGGAGAACUUCUACAGCGUGUUUGAGGGCGAGCUCGCCGAUACCAUCCCUGUGGUGCACGCGUCCAUCGCCGGCUGCCGCAUCAUCGGGCGCAUGUGUGUGGGUAAGGCAUGUGGAGGACGCCUAGGGAGAGUGGAGAGUCCAAGCACCAUUAAUUAUUAAUCGUAUCCCUGGAGGGGACGCGGAGUGACCUAGGAGUUUCCAGGCCUUCGUUCAUUAUCUCCGUGGACUGUGGAAUCUCUCGGGGCUGAGUAGGACCCAGUCUGAGAGCAGUCAGGGGAACAAGAGUUCUUGAGAAUAAUAAAUACAAAUGACAGUCAAAAGAAAUAGCACAAUCAGGUGCAUUGUCGCACGGCUGUAUCCUAGCUACUUAGAAUGCUGAGGCAGAGGGAUGGAUGGCAAGUUGGAUCCCAACCUGGGCACCUUAGGGCGACUGUAAACGUGAAAAAGGCAAGUCGCUCUGUUUUUAUUUUUGUUUUUGAUAACGGGAAUCGAACUCAGGGCCUCAUGCUUGCCAGGUAGGUGCUGUACCCCUGUGCUACAUCCCUGGCCGAGAAACAAGUACUUUUGCUCUUGUUCUCUAGAAGUACAAAUCGGUGUCUUUUUUUAAAAUUAGAAAUUAGUAUCUUAAUUUGGCUAAUGAGGAAAUGAGAUUAGGGAAUCUAGGUGACUCACCAAGUACCACACCUAUUGUGGAGAAGGAUUUUAAUUUUGUCUCUUUUCUGCCACCGACUGACUGUAUAGACAAGCUUCUUCCUGGUUCUGAGCAUCCAUUUCUGCCUCUGUGAAAUGAUACAGGCUCAGAGGCUGGGUUAUCUUGUACAUUUAAAUCCUCAGUUCCCAUUUCCAUGCCUGGCAUUUCUGCUCUGAUCUGCCAUAGCUGUCAGCUGUGGCCAUUCCUCCUUUCUUUAGGGUGGCUCUGUGUCCUGAUAGUGCCACCUCUUGUUUCUUACUUUGCCGAUUGGGUUCACAGAAGUCUUAUUUUUUUACUUUCAAUUAAGAAAAAUCUUAAACAUUAUGACCUUGUUUUCUAAUUCAUUUCAAACACUUUGAUCGAAGAACAGGAAAACAACACCCUGAUCUCUAUCCAUGCCCGUGAGAUUUGAAGAAAACUCAGAGAAUGAGGGUGAAUGUAGCUUAGCCCUUGUAUUAUAAGAGAGCAGCUCUUAGUUCUGAGGUUCAGAGUUGUGGCCUUACAAGGACACAGAGAAUUUUAGCUGUAGUUCUGAAGGUGUCAUUAAACUUUGUUCUGUUUUGUUGGCAUGGAG